UGCAGUGCAAGCAGCUCUCAGAAGAGGCAAGGUGAACAACAUUCACUUGAACAGGUGAGGCUGUCAAGGCAAAAUAAUGAUAUUCAUUUUAACUUCAAAUCUAGUAACAUAGUUGGCAACAACUGGCAAGUAUUUUUCUUAACAGUGUGAAAGAUUGUAACAGUUUGUGUGUGAGAUUAUAAGAGGGUGACUAUCACUGUUAUUUUCAGGGGAUGUUUCUGGGACAACAGAUGUUUAAGACUAAAAAUACCUUCUUUAAAGUGUAUGUAAAUGUACGUAUAAAUGUAGGACACAUAAUGGGAGGAUGUUUAUAACAUAAAAUGUACGAGGAUUAUUGACUAAUGCUGCUGUUACUCAUACAACGAUUGACAAAACGUCGUAAUAAUUUAGUUGUCUGUCGUCUAUUACUUUAAAAAGUAUUCUUCAGGCCAAAUUAUUUUUGACAUUUAGCCAACAAUGUCCAGUAUCAGAUCUGUUCUAUAACAAAGUAGAAGAAAUGUCAGGAGGUGCACGAGGAACACAACCACAGAGGAAAAAGGGAUAUGAAAACAUCUUAAAAGGGGAACCCAGUUGUCCUUGUACAAAGUUCGGAUUUCUCGGCAAUACAACAAUGCCUCAGGUGGGCAUUAUUGGGUUCUGUGACAAGAGACUAUUACAGGAACCUGGUGAAACCUUUAACCCACUUUUUAAAUGUACUUUCUCGCUCUUUAUACUCAUUGCUAUGCCACGUAACUUUCAAUAAUGGCCGCUCGAUAUACUACGUCACUUGCUCUGCACGACACUCGCUGUAAUACGUCAAGUGCGCUGCCCAAAUGCAAAAAAAAUCCAUGUAAAAGAAAGAAAAAACAUUCCCAUUCAACGUAAUAUCCGUGGUUUGCAGAAACAUUCAAUGCCAAAAUUAUUUCCUGGUGAUCGGACUGUGGGCUGAAGCUGCUGGGUAGGAUUGAGCCAAACAUUCUGAGGUCUGAGGUGUGCCGUGUAUGGAGAAAGCUGCUUUCAAACUGUGUAUCACAACAGAGGCUUUGGUGCUGUAUAGCUUGUCAAACUUGAAAAACCUGCUAAUAGUCUACUGCGACUUUAUAGUUCUCAAUCUUCCAUGUGCGCAGAUCAGUCGCGACUGUUUGGCAUGGACUGUCUAGGAUCUUGUGGACUAUCAUAGGCUCCUUCGUGUUGAAAGAUUCCUGCACCUGUUCAGUUGAUUAACAAGAGGCCUUCACAGACAUUUGCCACAUCAUACUCAAACCAACCAACAAAGGAACUGAUUCAGAAGGACUAAGUAAUUCAGAAGGACUAUCUCUCUGAUCUGAAACAAGACAACAUGGCAAGUGUAACUUAUCAGCUGUUGUCAGUGACAGUCGUCCUUGGCGCUGUUCAACUCAUCAGCGGUUACAGCUUCAAGAACUGCAUUGAAGACCCAUACUCAAAUCAACAAAGUUUCAACUGCAUCCGUCGCAAGGAAAAGAACAUGCCUGCUAUUAUCAAGGACCUGCCGCCAUCUGCCAUCAAUCUCACCAUCUCCAUUAAUCCUAUUUGGCACAUUCCCAACAGGAGCUUUGUUCGUCUACCAAACCUUCAAGACCUCAGAAUAGAUCAAAAUCACUUGAGGCGCAUCGAUGAAUUUGCUUUUCAAGACUUGCAUCAACUUAAAUCUCUCAAUUUGUCCUGUAACAACAUAUCGGAGCUCAACCCUUCUGUGUUUAAGGACCUACGCAGCCUCACCUUUCUCUCACUGACAAACAACUCUUUGAAGCGGCUCCCCGAGGGGAUUUUCUCCCCUCUUCUCAAUCUGACCACUUUAAUCAUGAGACAAAACUUUCUGUCAAGUUUUUUAGGGAUUGCCGAGUCUGUGUCACAUCUAAGAAAUCUGAGCGUACUAGAUCUUUGCUUUAACAACUUGACCUCUCUCAGCCAUUCAAAUGUUUCACUACCAAAAUCCCUCACUACAUUAUACAUAUGUAGAAAUAAUCUGCUUAAAUUAGGGUGUAAGGAUUCGUUUCUCGGGUUCAUCCACCUGCUGGAUUUGUCAUACAAUCCCAGGCUCCAAUCGAUUGCUUUUCAAGGACUCGAUCUGAAGCAUAUAAACUAUCUGCGUUUGCGUUCAACAAGUGUGAAGGUAGUGGAGCUCUUAAACAUCAGCAAUGUCAAUGCAGGUCACGUGGAUUUCUCUGGCACAGGUCUAAACAAUGACACCCUGCUCAUGGAGCUAUGCAGAUUGUUAAGUAUAAAAGUGAAAAGGAUUACAAAUUUAGGCCUGGGUGUUAAUGGGAUUGAGAAUCUAACAAAUUACACACUGCACUAUUGUCCUAACAUCACAGGGACUUUGGAUCUAUCCCGCAACAACCUGAAAAGCACAGGUUGUCUGGAGUUCCUCAAUAAACAGGAAUAUAUAAAGAGUAUCAAUGUAGAGCAUAACCAUCUCACCUCCCUCCAAUCCUGUAAAACACAAAACACAGUACUUUUGAAUAAUCUGGAGGAGCUGAGCUAUCGGUACAACCGCAUCCUCUCAGUCGGUGCUUGUGCUUUCAAUUAUGCACCAAACGUCACGACGCUGAAGCUUAACAUAAACACGAUUGCUUAUCUUGAUAUUAAUGCUCUCAAAGGGCUAACAAGGCUUGAGACACUACGUUUGGACAAUAACCUUUUAACGGAUUUGUUCAGUUCCACCUUUAACGAUAAUCACAACCUAAAAAUCCUUAACCUACGCAACAAUCGCAUAGCUGUCAUUUUUAAUGGGACCUUUCGCAGUCUGAGCAAUCUGACUACACUGGACCUCGGAGGUAAUAAGAUCACUUAUUUUCAGCCAUCUGGCCUUGAUGGACUAAAAAGUCUGUCCAAAUUCUAUCUAGAUGGAAACAACCUGAAACAGAUCGACAGUUCCCUUCAUCGUGUAUUUCAAGACACACUAACAGUGCUGGAUUUACAAAGUAAUCAGAUUCGCUUCCUCAAUGACGAGAUCAUUUCACCCUUCAUAAACCUCAGCAGACUCAGUGAUCUGAAGCUGGAUGGUCAGCGGCCGUUUGGCCUCACUGUUUUACCUGGCACUUUUCUCCGUGGCCUCCACUCACUGAAAUCUCUGUACCUCACCAACAAUAACAUCUAUCAUCUCGCACCUGAUGCCUUCGAUGAUCUGAUAGGCUUACACUUCAUCACAUUGGAUAACUGCUGUGUUGGGGUGACAAACCUACAACCAGGAAUCUUUAAAAAUCUGAGAAAUCUGACCAAAUUGAUUGUAGAAAAUAUGGGCAUUCAGAACUUCUCAAAGGAGGUUUUUGGGAAUCUCACAAAGUUACACACACUGCAGCUCAACCGUAAUGUUAUGCAGAGCAUUCCUGUUGAUGCACUACAAAGUUUACCAAACCUCCACUACCUUGACAUACGUAAUACUCCUUUAAGCUGCACCUGCGAGAACAACAUACUGCAAAACUGGACAGUAAAAAACCCACAUGUCCAGGUGGUCUAUCUCUACAAUCUGCAGUGCCCAAACGAUGCAAAACUCAAAUUCUACAAUUUUGACACCAAAGUUUGUUACAUAGAUCUCGAAGAGUACCUAUUCUUAAGCACAGCAGUUGUGAUCUUUCUGUUCACAGUAACUCCUUUACUUUAUGUCAAACUCUACUGGAAAAUGAAGUACGGCUACUAUGUGUUCCGUUCCUGGUUUAGUGAGCAGUGGCGCAUACUUAGUGAAAAGGACGAGAAUUGCAAAUAUGAUGCAUUCAUUUCCUACAAUUCCUCCGAUGAACAAUGGGUCAUGGAGCAGUUAAUGCCCAACCUGGAGGGAAAUGGAUCGUCUUUUAAACUGUGCCUACAUCACAGGGACUUUGAGCUGGGCCGUGACAUUGUGGACAACAUCGUCUCUGCUGUGUAUAGCAGCCGGAAGACUAUUUGUGUGGUGAGCAGGAACUUCCUAAGAAGUGAGUGGUGCUCUCUGGAAAUCCAACUGGCCAGCUACCGACUCUUUGAUGAGCACCGGGACGUUCUCCUGCUCGUGUUUCUGGAGGAAAUCUCUCAGAGGCAGGUGUCGUCCUAUCACCGCAUGAGGAAAGUCAUGUUAAAAAAGACGUAUCUGCAGUGGCCUGGCUCAGACUGCACUAACCCCACACAGGCCCAAGAGCUGUUCUGGAAUCAGCUACGUCGGGCAAUGAGAAGCGGGAGCAGACUAGAGACAGAAGAAGAAACCGGAAACUUUGAGACUCACACAUCGGAUGAAAACGGUUACUUGCUACCUUAAAAAGAUUUGGCAAUUUCAUUUGUGAUUGUCAAGAUAAAACUGUCGGUACGUUAAAUGAAUAAUCGCAUGUUCUGCUGCUGGGAGAGGGUCAUUUAAUGUGGUGUAAUUGUGAUGAACUGUGAGACCAAUAAUAAUUUAUACAAGCAUGAAUCAGAAAUGUUCUUUAAAAAUCUUAUGCUCAGUUUGAUUUUUCACGUCUUUCAUAUUAUUGCACAAAUUGUACAAAUGUGUUUAAUUGCAUUUAAAUGUGGCCCACAUACACAACACAAUAUCAAAUAGCUUCACAAUAGAACAUUCUUGGUUAAAAUUAUUGGUCUGUAAAGACAUUCCCAUUAUAACGCUUGUGUUAAAGAAGAAUAGAAGAAUGUGUACAGUUGUGUAUAUUAAAAAAUAUUCCAAUGAUGCAAACAAUACAUACUCAUGGGUUUCUAUAUCUCCGCUGCACUUAGGACAAAAGAAAAAGAGGUAACUCUUGAGAUUCCAGCUAUUAUUGUUACAUUUAAUAUUGUGUUUUUAGUCAAAUAUGAGCACACAACAUAUCAUUUCGCUGACUGUGAACAAAAAAAAAAAAUCUUGCUGUAUGAAUUAAGACAGCAUUGUAUUUUUUAAUUAAUUAAUGUUCACAAGCAUGUUUCUAUGCAGCGCUUCACAACACAUUAGUACAGUCUCAUAGGAGGGAAGGACCAGUGUUCAGGGCUCGGGAAAGAAGAAAGGAGGGCUGCCGGGUCUCUAUCGAGGGCGUGAGAUGGUGGGUAAUGGGUCAUGUCAGUGUGGUGGGACCUGAGGGGCGGGUGAGUUGAGGGAUGACUGAACUGGCUCAAAGGUUGCAAGCUCUGCAGAGGAUGGUGAAUUUGAGCAGAGAAGGAGGGAGCAAAAGAGUAUCUGUCAGUUUCAAAUGGGUCUUUCUCAUGGGGGAAGUGCAUAGGCUCUGCUGAACGUCUCUCUGGCAGCUGUGU